GUACCAUUAAAGUGAGUCAUCCUCCGGCAGAGUCAGAAGAAAUACCACCAAAGCAGAAGGCAGUGCUGUGAGUCAUUUGUAGGGACAGGACCCUGAGUUCAUUCCAGAAAGUAGGUGCACGAGAGACGUUUUUAUUUUAACUUAAGCAGCCUAUAAUUAUUAUUUCUCUUCUAAUCCAAACCUGUGUACUGGACUAAAUGUGCACGCGCAAAGUCUCUAAUCUGACCAUAAACCUCAUUUUAAAGUGAUCCGGAUGGUUUAAAGGAUCAUUUGGAUAUUUAACUAACUUUAUUGUGCACUGUUAACAAUUUUUAGACUUGGACAAUCGGUUUGUUUGGACGUGUGGUUUUUCCCCCCCCAAAGAAGACGCAAACUGAGUGUCGGAACUUACUCUGAAGCUGUGAAAGCUUAUUUUUUAUUGUUUUCUUGUCCCUGUGGAUAAUGUACCAGGAGUUCUGCAGCAGCAGCGGCGCGUCCCCGGUGACUGUGGACUCGUUCACGAGCGGAACAGGCGGCAGUCCGAUCUCAGCCUCCGGAUACCAGAAGUACAGAGUUGACAUGCCUGGAUCUAGCAGUGCCUUUAUUCCAACCAUUAAUGCCAUAACCACCAGCCAAGACCUGCAGUGGAUGGUCCAGCCCACAGUCAUCACUUCUAUGUCUAAUCCAUACUCGCGCUCUCACCCGUACGGCCUCCCGGUGCCCAGCGGUCCCAGCCUCCUCAGCCACACAGCCCUCACUCGCCCUGGGGUUAUACGCUCCAUCGGCGAUGCCCGAGGCCGACGCAAGAGAGAUGAACAGUUGACACCAGAAGAAGAGGAGAAAAGGAGAGUGAGGCGAGAAAGGAACAAGCUGGCUGCUGCUAAGUGCCGUAACCGUAGGCGAGAGCUGACCGAAAUGCUGCAAGGGGAAACGGAGAAGCUGGAGGAGGAAAAGGCCGACUUGCAGAAAGAGAUCGAGACGCUCCAGAAGGAGAAGGACAAGUUGGAGUUCAUGCUUGUGGCUCACAACCCUGUGUGUAAACUUCCUCCUGAGGAGCGUCACCAGAGUUCCCUCCCUGAGCAGUGCGCCCCUCUGCCGCUAACGACCAUGCGUUCUAACCUAGUAUCCCGGUCGGUGCUUAGUACCCACAAUCCUAUUGUAGUGAAACAGGAGCCCAUGGAGGACAGUGAGGAAGAGGAGCAGGUGAAGAGCCAGCACUCGGUCAUCAAGCCCAUCUGCCUGGGUGGUGGGAUGUACUGCUCGGACGGAGACAGCCUCAACACUCCUGUGGUUGCUGCUUCCACUCCGGUGUCCACUCCUAACAACCACAGCCUCAUAUUCACUUACCCCAACAUGCUGGAGCCCGAUAGCCCUUCGCCCUCCUCGGAGUCAUGCUCCAAAGCCCACCGGCGCAGCAGUAGCAGCGGAGAUCAAUCCUCAGACUCACUCAACUCACCCACCCUGCUGGCUCUUUGAGAAACACAUCUCAGCACUCAUUCCUUGGCCCUUUCAGCUCAGCACUUCUCACCAACGAGUCCCUUAGAUGGGACGGACCCAGAACCUCAUCUCUACGGAGCCGAGAACUCUCAAGGGCUACCUUGCUCGAUUUAUUUAACCAUCUCAAAAGGGAAAUGUCUUAUUUUGUGUGUUUGUGACUCUUUGUUUGCCCACACGCCAUUUCAGCUAUAGGAUCAACCCGAGCUGAAAAAACCGAACUGAAAAACAUGAGACUCAAACGGCGAGAAGGACAAGAGUCGAGACCUCCAGGCACAGAAUUCAAAACCGUCUUUGGGGGAACAACGUAUUUUCUGUUUGUUCACAAAAGUUCAGGACAGUAAAAGUCAUCGAGGAGACAUGUGAAAAGUCACAUUCCUGCUCGGUACACAGUUUGGGAUCGGACACUACAGAAUCAAGCACAUGUCUUCAAAACCAGCGUGACAUUUACAUGAUUCACCUUUUUGUAUUUAUGACCUGUGUUUAUAUUGUCCACUUGUGUAUUGUGUCCUGCUGAAUUCCUCAGUGUCUGACAGAAAAAGAAACAAACAUGUAUUAUUAAAGGCUGACCUCUUCAACUCUUUAUCUCUACCUGGCAUGUUCUAAACCUUUUACAUUACUUUUUCUAUGUAUAUUAAACACACAAACACACUUCGCUGAAGUUAAUGUCAGGGAUCUUUUUUUUGUCUGUGUGAUUGAGUCACACGAGCAUUAAUGAAAGCAAUCAAGUCAGAACACAGGAGUGUGUACCUGAAGACAAACUCUAGCCAUAUUAGGUUCAGCCUCAAACCCUUUACACGGCAAUACUGCUUUUUAUUGGGGCAGACACUGUGGUAUUAAAAAUGGAAAUGAUGAUUUAUGUAUUACUUUUAUAGUGUACUUUUAUGGCUUGAUCAAUAAAUUCUCUGAUCUUUUUGUGCAGAGUUUCAGCUGAGAAUUUACCAAGCCAAAUGGGCACUUGUCCCUCCAGCACUGGUUGGGCCUUGAUUGCCAGACACAGGAGCAGAUGCACUAUUGUUACUGCACUCUGAUUGAAAACAAAACAGCAUUCCUCUUACAGUCGACCUUUAAAGGACGGUAACGGAUGCCUGUGCGGUUCAGAACAACGAUAUCCCAAAAACACAUCUAAUUUCUGGUUGUGAAGAAAGAAUAUCAAUUGCAAUAUUAGAGUAAACUGUUUACUGUAAACAUUCCUUUCGGAGAAGCAGAUGGGACGCGGUGCGGAAAACCUCUGCCGAUUUGUUGGGAGACUGAAGAGAACAAAAUUGGGAUAAUGCUGACUUGAAGAACUGAAGGAUUUAUUCUUUGUCACUUAUUUAUGUCGGGGCUUUUCAAGUCCGCUAAGGAUCUGCUCAGAAUUCUAGUGUUUUGAAGCAAGGAAAAGCAUUUGAUAGGGGAAAUCUAUACAAUACCAAAAAAAAAAAAAGAGAAAGCAUGUGAAGACAGAGUUUUAUCCAGUCUGCCUGUGAGUCCUUGAACUACAUAGAUCAAGCCAUCUUUAAGCCCUAUGUACUUGUCCUGCUUUUCUGAACAAUAGUUUUUCUUUUGUAAUUGCUUUAACUGUUUAAAGACAGAAAAACGACGACAAAAACAGCAAUAUGUAUGUCAGUGUUUGUUCCUUUGGUUAUUUAAAUGGAUUAUUAUUAUAAAUAAUAAUAAAACAUGCAAACGGUAUUCUCGAUAGUUGUACUAUUUCUUGUCCAUAAACAUUUUUUUUUCAUUAUGUUGGUGGGUAUCUCAUACUUGUUGGAGUUCUUCUUCUUUUAAGUCAGUCUGUAUUUGGAUGAAUGCACCUCUCUCAUCCAUCGCAUCCCAGUAGGCAAUAACACUACCAUCGAUUUGAACACAGAGCCAUAUGCAAAUAUGCACUUAAUAUAUUGCCAAUACAUAGUGUGUCAAGGGGAAAUAGAAACAAUAGGAUCUUGAGAGACCUGAGAAGGAUAUUUAUCACCUUAAAUGUUUCACUCUUCAAAUGAAAUCCAAUGUGCAGAAUUGGUGAAAGGAUAGAAAUUAAUUUUAGGACUGACUCAUAUCCGCAGACAAGAGCUGGUGGGCAAGGUGCAUUCAAUACCUGCUAUUAUUGUAUGUUUUUUUUUUUUUUUUUUUAUGAAUAUGAGUGGAUGACUCAGUAUUUCACCUGAUGAAAUGAUAUAAUAAAUCCUGAUUCUUUACUUGGUUGACAUGGUGUUAGGAGUGAUCUGUUUGUAAAAAAAAAAAUAAUUCAAAGGCUUUAACAGUUGUGUGUGGAGCUGUGUGUCUGUUGUGCAAAAGUCUUACUUUUAAAUAAAUCUAAAAAGUUUGA